AUGGACAAUUAUAUCCGAGUGAAGGAUGAAGAUCAAAAAGCAGCAGCAGAUCAAUUUGCAUAUUUUCCGUUGAUAACCGAGUGUGUUAUAGCAUUGGGCAAAGUCAAUAAUGAGGUAGUGCUGGGUCAUGUUCCUCCAGACGUCAAGCAUGAGUUACCUCACGAUCACUUCAUUGACGACAAGGAGCUAGCAAAAGGAGUAAAAAACCUGAACCUAGGAGGAGAACUUGGAGUUGAUGGGUGUCAAUAA